UCCAAAAACCCACCGCUUGAUUCCUUUAUCCUCUGGUUAUGUUGAGAUUUGGGGUUUUCCUGCAAGCCUGGAAGUGGAUGUCGCUUUAGGACGCAAGAGAGACAUGAAGUUGAGUAGUUUCAGUCGCCAGCGGUGCUCUGAUGUGUGAUAGGUGACCUGCAUCUGCAACAUUAUCCUCAGAUCAGACCGGUGCAGGCGCAUUCAUUUUUGUGGACAGCAGCCAGAGGGCAAGAUGAGGUGCAUCUAUGACUUUUUAAAUUACACUUAAGAGAGAAAGAGAGAGAGAGAGAGAGAGAGAGAGAGGGGCUCUAUUGGCUGCCACUGCUGCAGGAACCGACGUUUUUCCUCCUGUUACCCAACCAAACGAGUUGGUAUCUCGUAUCUUGAUAGCCUUUGAGAGGAGAUUACACUGGAAACUCCGGGAAAGGGUGUAAAAGAGCGCAGAGUAGCCUUUCUCCCCUGCCCCCAGCCCGAAAUAAACAAGAGCACGGAAAAAUGAAGAAGUUUCGGAAGGUGUUGGACGGUUUGACCACCUCCUCUCCGGGAGGGACUAUCGGAUCCCCGUCGUGCGGCAGUGCGGCCGGGACUCCCACCGCGGCGCCUACUCCCAAGGAAAUCGAUGUCCAGGAGACGCUGGUGUCGGAAAACUUUCAGCUGUGCAAGACGGUGCGUCACGGCUUCCCCUACCAGCCCACCACGUUGGCCUUCGACCCCGUGCAGAAGAUCCUGGCCAUCGGCUCCAGAACAGGCGGCGUACGGAUACUGGGCCGGCCCGGCGUGGACUGCUACUGUCAGCACGAGAGCGGAGCAGCUGUCCUCCAGCUGCAGUUCCUCAUCAACGAGGGGGCGCUGGUCACGGCUUGUGCAGAUGACACGCUACACCUGUGGAACCUUCGUCAGAGGCGACCGGCCAUCCUGCACUCGCUAAAGUUCAACAGAGAGAGGAUCACGUUUUGCCACCUUCCCUUUCAGAGUAAGUGGCUGUAUGUGGGGACGGAGCGCGGGAACACACACAUCGUCAACAUCGAGUCCUUCAUUUUGUCCGGAUAUGUCAUCAUGUGGAACAAGGCCAUAGAACUAUCGACUAAAACUCAUCCAGGACCCGUGGUUCAUCUGAGCGACAGCCCGAAGGACGAAGGCAAGCUGCUUAUUGGCUUUGAGAGCGGGACCAUCGUGCAGUGGGACCUCCGGGGCAAGAAGGCCGACUUCAGAAUCUACUAUGAUGAGGCCAUCCAUUCGGUCAGCUGGCACCACGAGGGGAAGCAGUUCAUGUGCAGUCACUCAGACGGCAGCCUGACCCUGUGGAACCUCAGAAACACCGCCAAGCCCUUCCAGAUCACCUUCCCUCACGGGAAGAUACAGAAGGACGGCAGGAAGGAGUCGUGUAAGCCGAUCCUCAAAGUGGAGUACAAGACCUCGAGGAACAGCGAGCCCUUCGUCAUCUUCUCGGGCGGGCUGUCGUAUGACAAGGCGGGCCGGCGGCCCACGCUGACCAUCAUGCAUGGCAAGGCCAUCACCGUGCUGGAGAUGGACCACCCCAUCGUGGAGUUCAUGGCCCUCUGCGAGACCCCCUACAACAACGAGGUCCAGGAGCCUUACGCAGUGGUGGUGCUUUUGGAGAAGGACUUCAUCGUGGUGGAUCUGACACAGAGCAACUUCCCAAUCUUCGAGAAUCCGUAUCCAAUGGACAUCCAUGAGUCUCCGGUCACCUGCACAGCCUAUUUUGCAGACUGUCCUCCUGACAUCAUCCCCAUCCUCUACUCCAUAGGAGCCAAACACAAGAAGACCGGCUACAGCCAAAAGGAGUGGCCGAUCAGUGGAGGAACGUGGACGUUAGGAUCACAGACCUACCCAGAGAUCAUCAUCACAGGACACGCUGAUGGAUCAAUUAAGUUCUGGGACGCAUCUGCAAUCACCCUGCAGAUGCUGUACAAGCUGAAGACCUCCAAAGUGUUCGAGAAGCCCAAGCCGGGCGAGGGCCGGACAGCCGAGCUGGUGGAGGAGGACCCAUACGCCGUCCAGAUGGUCUGCUGGUGCCCUCAAAGUCGCAUCUUCUGCGUGGUCGGCAUCUCUGCCCACAUCAUCCUGUACCGCUUCAGCAAAUACGACUCCAACACUCAGAUAGUGUCAUUAGAGGUGCGUCUGCAGUGUGAGUCAGAGGACGUCAUCUCUCCGUCUGAGACUGAAAACAACCCCUGCUUCUCGGAUCCCAGCUCCCACUCACCUCAGCCCCAGCACCAACACCCCGCCAGCCCCAGCAGCGGGACCCCCGAGGGAGUCAAAGACAGCAUUCCCUGCCUCAGGGUGAAGGACCGGGUAACACGGAUGCCUCCAGGUUACCAGGCGGAGCUGGUGGUGCAGCUGCUGUGGGUGGACGGAGAGCCUCCCCAGCAGAUCACCAGCCUGGACAUCAACUCUGCUUAUGGCCUUUUGGCGUUCGGGAACUGUAACGGCCUGGCGGUGGUGGAUUACCUGCAGAAAACCAUCUUGUUGUGUAUGUCGACCCUGGAUCUGUACGGAGCCACCGACCCCUACCAGCGCCUCACUCGCUCCCCCCGCAGGAACAGACAGUCCACCUCAGACAAGUUUUGCAUGCGUGGCCUGUCUAACUUUUAUUCCGAUUCAAAGAAAAGGAUCCGUACGUCCUAUCAGAGCCUUACCGAACUCUCUGACAACCAGCAGUCUGUUGACAUGGAGAGAAGCAAGUCACCCACCUCAGAUCAUGUCAAUGGACAUUGCACUAGCCCCACCUCCCAGCCCUGCUCGGCGGGGAAGCCUCGCGUCCCGAUGGGUCCCGAGGGGCCACGGCUUGCCCGCAGAGGCCCCGGCCGACCGCCCUUCCGCAAGGCCCAGUCCGCUGCUUGCAUGGAGAUCUCUUUGCCUGUGUCCCACACUGAAGAGAGCCGUGAAAACUCGUUCAGCCGUUCACGCAGUUCCAGCGUGUCGAGCAUCGACCGGGACACCAAGGAGGCCGUCACCACGCUGCAGUUUGGGGAGUCCUACGGCCGCAAGAGCGAUGCCUUGCCUACACCCUGUUUGUGGGUGGGCACCAGCCUGGGCGUGGUCCUCCUCAUCCCCAUGUCCAUCCCCACAGAGGAGGAGGAGAGGCUGGAGGAGCCCGUCACCAUUGGCCCCAGUGGCGCAGUCCUGAUGCUGAAGGGCUCGGUCUUACGCUUUGCCUUCUUGGACUGCAUGGGUGCUCUCAUCCACAAUCCGUACGAGGUUUGGCGGGACUUUAACGCCCCUGAGGACCCGGACCGACCACGCAAGCGCAAGCUGGUGAACUUUUCACCGUCGUCAUCCCAGGACGCCUCUGGAGAGGGACAUCUGGCUGUGGUGUGCUCCGAGAGGCAGGCCAAAGUCUUCCUGAUGCCUUCCCAGUCUUGCCUCUUUGUCCACAAUAUCACAGAGUCGUCCUUUGUGCUGCGGGCCGAUGUGGUAUCUGUGUGUAACAGCGUCUGCCUGGCCUGCUUCUGUGCCAAUGGACACGUCAUGACCCUCAGCUUGCCCAGUCUAAGACCGCUGAUGGACGUCAAUUACCUGCCGCUGACAGACAUGCGCAUCGCUAGAACGUUUUGCUUCACCAAUGGGGGGCAAGCGCUUUAUCUCAGCUCGCCCACAGAGAUCCAGAGAAUCACAUACAGCCAGGAGAUGUGUGACAACUUGCAGGAAAUGCUGGGAGAGCUGUUCACGCCUAUAGAAACGCCUGAAGCCCAGAACAGAGGCUUCCUCAAGGGCUUUUUUGGAGGAAAUGCCCAGACCUUCGACAGAGAGGAGCUAUUUGGGGAGGCGGCAGCGGGGAAGGCUUCUCGGAGUCUGGCCCAGCACAUCCCGGGACAGGGAGGGGUGGAGGGCAUGAAGGCGGCAGCUGGUGGGGUGGUGGGCGACUUGGCCCGGGCCCGCAUCGCCCUGGACGAGAGAGGCCAGAGGCUGGGCGAGCUGGAGGAACGAACCGCCCUCAUGAUGACCAGCGCAGAAACUUUCUCCAAACACGCCCACGAGCUGAUGCUGAAGUGCAAGGACAAAAAGUGGUACCAGUUCUAAUGGCGGGACGGGGGGGCUGAGGCCGCCCUUGGCCUGCUGGGAGCUUUUACGCCGGGACAAGGACCUUCACUCUACAGCUGAGAGCGAUUAAUCAAGAGAGACACACGAGAGACUUUGUCUUUACGGGCCUCUGUCUUUGCGCACGGCAUUGUCACAUUGUUGAAGGACUAGGACAGGUUAGUUACUUGUCUAGACGUGUAGUAAGACGGACCGCGAGCGAGGAUGGUGACACUGGAGGGACUGGAAAUGGGACUACUGAUGUCCAAAUAGUCCAUCAGUGUGUGUGUGUGUGUGUGUGUGUGUGUGUGUGUGUGUGAGUGUGGGUGUGUGUGUGUGUGUGUGUGCCUGUGCGAUGUGAGCAGGUGGGUUUCCUGGACCUCACUGUGUAGAUACUCUAACGUUAAGAAACCAACAAAGAAAUGCAUGUAACAAAAAUGGAUGACUUAAAAAUAUCAAACUGCCAUAUUAAAAAGCAGCAUGCUACUUUAACAGGAGGAGAUACAAAAAUAAAAACCUUUUAUUUAAAGAUAUAAGCCAACAAGAGAAACUAUGAGAAACUUUAUAUUUUUUGAAAUAUUGAGAAAAACUAUAUAUAAAAAGGGAAACAUAUACCUGCAUUGCUAUAAAGCCAAAUUUUACUUUUUCUUAAUAAUAAUUAUAAUUUUUUUCUUAACGUUUUGGUUCAUUUCAUUUGGUUUCUGGCACACAGAUUUUCAGUAUGAGCACUUAUUACUUGACACAGUAAUAACAAUGACGAAAUUAGCUUUCUUCACACUCCACACUGAGACUAAUGCUAAAGUCUUUACCAAUUACUUUGGUCCGCACAGAGCAACACAAAACAGAAAUAUUAACACCUAAUUCUGCACAAUCUAAUUACACUACUUUCAUUGUUUGGCUGCUGCUGCUUACUAAGCAUUAAACAACAAGAAAUAGUUUCAAUCCCUGACUAGAAUUGUAGAAAAGCAGAGAACAGAUUGGUUUGAAAUGAAAGGUGAAAGGUUAGGAAAAUAUUUUUUUUGGUGGUUGAAAGAGUUUAAAAGCUGAUCCCUGUGAGGUCUGGACUGAGUGUGUUUCUGUCUAUAAACAUGUAUUGAUUAUUCACGUGCCAUAAAAAUCAAGAUGGGUGUUUCCCCUCACUGUAAACUAACUAACAAAGAGCUAAUAUGUGGUAGUCAUGAUGUGUUUCCUGUUGGUGACAGUAGAUGAGACAAAGUCCUUGGAGCUGGCAAUAGUAGGUGACUGACUUGGUUUUGUUUGAAAGAGUUUUUUUUUUUUAUGUUUUUUUUUUUGUUUUUUUUUCAUCAUUCGAAUCUUCAGCUGCCUUUGUCAUACUGUACGUAUGAGUCUGGUGAACCAUUGGGUAAUGUGUGUGUGUGUGUGUGAGAGAGAGAGAGA